CGGUUGUAAAUAAGUCAAUGGUUAUAGUUGAAUGUUGACGUGACAGUCGGUACUCGGUAGAAAUAUCAUUCAUAUCUUUCAUUUAAAUAUAAACUGAUGAUAAAAAAGUAAAUAAAUAGGCAAUCGGUUUGUGACUGUCAGGGUGAACUCGUUUUGUAACGAUUAGAGCGAUAGUUCGUGGUCACACUGCAGUGAGACAGCACGACAACCGGGCGACUGCGAAAAAGGAGGACAGCACCGUUGUAUAAAUAGCGUAAAAACACAUCAGCGUCAUGCGUCUCAUAAUCCUGGACGACGCGUCGACAGUGGCGGACUGGGCGGCGCGGCUCGUGCUGCAGCGCAUCAAGGAGUUCGCGCCGGGCCCGGGCCGCCGCUUCGUGCUGGGGCUGCCCACGGGCGGCACGCCGCUCGGCAUGUACCGCCGCCUCAUCGACUUCCACCGCGAGGGCAAGGUCUCCUUCAAGUACGUGACUACGUUCAACAUGGAUGAAUAUGUCGGACUUCCACGCGACCACCCCGAAUCGUAUCACUACUAUAUGUGGAAUGAAUUCUUCAAACACAUUGACAUUGACCCUGCGCACGCGCACGUGCUGGAUGGCAACGCGCCCGACCUCGUGGCUGAGUGCCAGCGGUUCGAGAACCUUAUCAAAGACGCUGGGGGCGUACAUCUGUUUAUCGGAGGGAUCGGCCCCGACGGGCACAUCGCGUUCAACGAGCCGGGCUCGUCGCUGGUGUCGCGCACGCGCGUCAAGACGCUGGCGGCGGACACGCUGGAGGCCAACAAACGCUUCUUCGACAACGACAUCGACAAGGUGCCCAAGCAGGCGCUCACCGUCGGCGUCGGCACCGUCAUGGACGCCAAGGAGGUGAUGAUCCUGAUCACGGGCGUGCACAAGGCGCUGGCGCUGUCGAAGGCGAUCGAGGAGGGCGUGAACCACAUGUGGACCGUGUCCGCCUUCCAGCAGCACCCGCAGGCGCUGUUCGUGUGCGACGAGCCCGCCACCAGCGAGCUGCGCGUCAAGACUGUCAAGUAUUUCAAGGCGCUGAGCGACGAGCACCUCAAGCUGAUCGACGGCGCGCCCGUGGCCGUGCAACACGUUAUGCACUGACGGCGGCCAGCGCCCAACUGCUGUCUGCACGCACUCACCGCGCCAUAGACAACCUGCAGCCUGCAGCCAAUACUAAUUCAUACUGCCUUAUCUACAGACAUUCGGAAUUCGAAUGCAUUCUGAAUUUAAGAUAUCACACAUUCCAUUAAUGAUGUUGUAAUUGUAGCAUAAGUAAUUAAGAUGUUUAAUAUUGGUGCUCCAUUGCUGGAUAAUAACUUUAAAAAUGUACAGCGUUGUUUUAAUAAAGCAUUCACUAUAAGUAAUAUAUAAUACAAAUUCAUUUAGUAGUAUCGUAAAUACCUUAUUUUAUUGACAAAAAUUCAGAAAUCUCUAAGUACAAUGGGUU